ACACGACAAAUAUGUUUCUUUAUCUGAAUUUGGCAACAUUGUGUAGCAGCUCUACUUGUAUGUGAUAUAUGUGACAGGACUUCAUUUUGCCUAAUACGAUCUUAAUUGAAUAAUUAAUAUUUUCUACUUAUAAUUUAAUUUAAUUUGAAAAGAUAGGAAAUAAAGCGUCUAGAAUGUCUUCGUCGCCGGUGGUCAUUUCUGCCGCUUCGAAGCAUACUGCUUCGGUCAUUUUUCUCCAUGGUCUUGGUGAUACGGGACAUGGCUGGGCUGCUGCUUUGCAGAUGUUGAAGUUGCCGCAUGUCAAGUAUAUCUGCCCUACAGCUCCUACUAUGCCUGUUACUCUUAAUGCUGGCUAUAGGAUGCCAUCAUGGUUUGACUUGAAAACCCUUGAUGCUGAAGGUCCUGAAGAUGAAGAAGGCAUAAAACGAGCUUCUGAGACUGUGAUGAAAAUGAUCGAAGAAGAAGAAGAGAAAGGAAUUCCUUCCAAUCGGAUUGUCCUUGGUGGUUUCUCCCAAGGUGGUGCUCUUGCUCUUUAUUCAGCUCUUCGCUGCACUAAACAACUGGGUGGCGUUAUUGCUUUAAGUUGCUGGUUGCCUCUUUCUAAGCAGUUUCCAUAUGCAGCUGAAGGAAACAUCGAUGUUCCUCUUUUGCAGUGUCAUGGUGAUCUUGACACUGUAGUUCCGUAUAAGUGGGGGCGGAUGACACAUGAACUUCUGAAAACUUUCAUGUGCAACGUGGAGCUUAAAACAUACAAGGGACUAUGCCAUUCUUCAUGUGACGAUGAAAUGAAGGACGUCGGCGAAUUCUUGAAGAGAAUUAUACCAUAAAUUUAUGUUUGGAGGGAAGCUCAUUACUCAUCAUUUCAUUUAUUAUGUUACUUUCAUGUAAAAUGAUUUCUCCUUUGUUUAUCCAUUGUGCUUUUGGAAUUUUCACAAUUUCUUUUAACUUGGUAUACAUAAAUAUUAUUAAAAAAUAUUUAACAUUUACAAAUAUUAAAAAAUUUUAAGUUUAAAGCUAAGGUAUAUCUUGUCGUAAUUAACGUAGAUUUGCAUGAAGUAUUGUUUAAUAUUAUAUUAUUAAUUGGGACAGUAAAUGUCUCGUACUCUGAAAAAGUGUGAAGUAAUGAAAAUGAUUAUUUUGUCGAUGAAAAGAGAAAUAAAGAUUUUAACUUUUAUGAAAUAGAUUCUUAAGUGUGCAUUCUUUCUGAGGAUAGAAUUUUAUUUAAUAUAUAUAUGAAGGGAGUUCAGAAUUAUGCUUUAACCAUUGAACACUUCAGGAUUCAAAAAUUAGCAACUGCUGAUAUUUUCAUUUGAAUUAUGCAAGUUGUUUGUGAAAAAGGAAUGAAUCAAUCAGACUUGUCGUGUUAAUAGAUAGAAUUGUAAAGGUUAAAAAAAUUUAAGUAAAGAAUUUAUAUAUAAGAAAGAGAAUUUAUAUAUUUGCUGAAAAAAAUAAAAACACUGCCAUAUUAAUUUGCUAGCAUUGAAUUUGUAGUGUUAACUACUUUAAAUUUUUAUGUAAUAAGGAUUUUACAUAUAUUUCCUUAAGUAUAAAAGUAGUUUUUAUAAUUUAGUAAUUCAAAUUAUCAGUGCAUCCUUUUAAUUAAAUCGAAUUGUAUUAUUUCCAUUUGAUUUUUGUCACUGAUUGAGAAACAGAAGUGAAUCUUUCAGAUUUUUCUUUAAUUUGCAUUAUAUCAAAUGAUGCAUAUAAUUCAAAUUAAUUUAUUUUUCAGACAAUACUGUAAGUAUUGCCAGCUCCCUUAUUCUUUUUUAAAAUUGAAACAAAAAUUCACAUGAGUAAUGCUUUUAUUUAUUCACUACUAUAUGAUUGCAUAUAUUCUUAACAGAGAUUCUGUAAUUCCUAUUUAAGUCGGCUGAUUCCAUGUUAUUUGUAUCAGAUAUGUGGCAUUCAUGGAAAAUGCGAUGAAAGAUGUAUGAUAUUUACUACAUUAUAUUUGCAAGGCUCUUCAUAAAUGUGCAGUUAAAAUUACUCAUUUAUUUGACUAUGUAUUUAUAACUAAGUCUUGAUUCUAAUAUGUUAAGCUUUACCUUUGAUUUCUUUAAUUAGUUUUAACUGUGCUACUAUUUUACAUUCUCUCCUAUUAUAGAUUUUGAUAUUUAUUUCAUAUUUAUUUAUAAUAGUUGGAUAUUUCUGAUUACAUGAGUUUUUUUCUUUGUUUUUCUAAGCUUUUGCAUUCUUAUGUAAAUGUAAUUUACUAAUUUCAUUUUGCCUGAAUAAAAUACUUUCUCUCUCUCA